CCACUCUUCCGCCGCAAACCACCACUAAUACUACCACCAAUCACCACCACCGCCGUUAACAACCACGGCGAUAAACCAUGCUGACCCAACUCUUCUCUAAACUAAACCAUAAACCACCCACCAUAACCACCAUCCUCCUCCUCCUCCGCCGGAAAACCACCUCAGCUGAAUACGUAGCCUCGAGAAACCGAGACCCCACUUUCGAAAAACUCAUGGACAAAUACAAAAACCUCUUCAAAGUCAUCUCAAUUCAAAACCUCAUCCUCGGUUCUACCACCAACACCGCCGCCGCACCCCCCGCCGUGUCCGUUGACAUCCUCAACCGCUUAUCUCAGCGCCUCCAUCUCAACCGCGGCGCCACCCAUUUCCUCCGUAAGUACCCCCACAUCUUCCACAUUUUCCACCACCCCACCAAAUUACAACCCUUUUGUACACUCACUGAAUCCGCCCUCAAAAUCACCCAACAAGAAGCUGCAGCUAUCAAUGCUUCUUUACCACUUGUAAUCAACCGUUUAGUGCGUAUGUUGUCUAUGUCAGUGACUAAAACACUGCCCCUUAGAGCCAUUUUCAAGGUAUUUAGGGAACUUGGUUUGCCUGAUGAUUUUGAGGACAGUGUAAUCUUGAAAAAGUCUAAUCUUUUUGCACUCGUUGAUAGUGGGAUUGAACCAAACACUCAUUUGUUGAAACUUGUUGGGGAUGUAAUACCAAAAAGUGAGUUAGUUGCAGCUGUUGAUAAUUGGAGGGUAAUGGAGUGUUGUAAAGAGGAUCGUGGGGUUGAUAGGAAUGAGAUUUUGUAUAGUUUUAAGCAUAGUUAUCCACCAGGGAUGAAGUUGAGGAGGAGUUUUAAGGCAAAGGUUAAGGAAUGGGAAAAGUUGAAGUACGUGGGGCCGUACGAAGCGGUGGAGAUUGGGGAGAAGAGGAAGAGUAAGAUUGGGAUGAUGGAGAUGGAGAAAAGAGCAGUUGGGAUUGUUCAUGAGUUUUUGAGUUUGACAGUUGAGAAAAUGGUUGAGGUAGAGAAGAUUAGUCAUUUUAGGAAGUGGUUUGGGAUUGAUUUGAAUAUAAGGGACUUGUUUUUGGAUCAUCCGGGGAUAUUUUAUUUGUCGACAAAAGGGUAUAGGCAUACAGUUUUUUUGAGGGAGGCUUAUGAAAGGGGAUGCUUGAUUGAACCGAACCCGGUGUAUGAGGCUAGGAGGAAGCUUCUUGAUCUUGUUAUUUUGGGACGGCGUGGAUUGUCUAGAGGUCACUCUGAGCCAACGAGCGUGAGACAGGGUGACGAUGGUAUUGAAGAGUUGAAGACUGAUUCAGAUGAAGAUUGAAUGCAGGGAUGCUUUGCAAUUGCUAAAGGAUCAUAGAAAGUCAAGAAGCAUUGAACAAAAUGCUUAGCGUGAAAAUGGAGUUGGAUGACAGCAUUCUAGUCCGCGGCAUUUCAGCAUAUUCGUGUAACUAUGCCUCAAAUACCAAGCGAGUUAGGGACGGCUAUAUCAAUCCUUUAUAUCCAUUCGACUCUACUCGGGCUCAUUUCAUUCUUUUUUGGCUCAUUUCAUUACAACAUAUCCUUUUAUACUAUCAUAAAAAUUUAAAUUCCCUCUUUUCAUGGCUCCCUGUCAUGUCUUUUAGAAGCAGAAACAAGUUAAAUAUAUCUCACUUGUUCUACACUGUAUGAACAUUUUCUUCUUUUAUGUCUUAUGAUCAAGAAAACCAGUCUUAUCACUUGAGGUCAGUCUAACUUAACUAAGUGAAACCCGACAGAACGCAUAAAAUCUUAUGCACAUGAAACUCACGCACCAGACAUGAAUGCAUGUCUGAGGAAUGAAAUGAAGGACUUCAGUGUUUAGCGACCUUUUAACUAAUAUGAUAGGAUGGUAUGAUGUUUGGGAGUUUGCAUAUAUAGCUUUGAACUAGUUGAAAGAUAGAUGCAACUAUGCGAGUAUUAUUUGAAUACAUUAUAUCCACGUGCCUCCAUGUUUCAUUGAGAAAACAGUCCACAGCAAUCAUGUCGUGAUCUUUCCCUGUUGGAAAAGAAGCUAUAAGCUGCAUAUCUGGUCCAUUGAUUUUGUUCUAUUUGUUAUCUUCCAGGGAGAUGAGUUACAUCCACAGUAGCAGAGACCAACUUCAGCGAGUGAGAUGAAUUAUCCUCCACAUCAGCAUAGAGGUCUGCGUUUGAGAAAAAAAGGCCGAGUUUCAAUUACUGAUUACAUGUAACAAGGCUGCAAAACUUGCUGCUGUAUAAAGGAUGAUGUGGUAGCUGCAAGUGAAUGUUGAGUAUCACUGAUACUUUAAGAGAGUUACUCGAUUUAGAACUUGUGGUCUUUGGGUGAAGCACACAUAGGCCGUAAUGUUUGCAGUGCCUGCUUUUUGAACAAUGCACGACUCUUUUCGAUUGUUGCAAAUCCAUCUAGCCAAGCUGUUUUGGAACUUCUACAAUUUCGUGAAGGAUGGGGAAGCAAGUAAAUGGAAUCGGAGCAUUCACUGUAUCAUCUUGGAAAAAGAAGUCCAAAUCCUGCAUGAUUUGGGACUUGGAGCAAUUCAGACGGAAGCUUGAUUUCUAUUUCUAACGUAGACAGACCAAGUGAAAUUAUGUAUCUUACUUGCUGACUAAUUAUUUUGGUUUCUUAGGCAUUAAGUGCAAGUUGAGUUGUAUAUUGCUCACAAGUUUUCUGGGUCCUUGGUUUCUCCUUUUUUAUGAAUGAGUUAAGAGUUCUAAGCUGAUAUUAGUUGAAGAAGAAUGUAAAUUAAAUUUUGAAAUUUGGUUUGGAAAUUGGAAUAAUGCACCAUAUGGUAUAA